AUGGUCCUCACGCACACAACCAACCACACCUACGCCCACCCGUUCCCGACCGUGACGCUGGCCUUUUUUCUGCGGUACUGCUCGCCGCAACUGAACCCGUUUGCCAGCCAUGUGCUCAGCACCGACACAAUCGAGUCGUACGUGGACCCGGCCACGGGCCGGAUGCACACGACGCGCAUCCACCUCAAGAAGUCGCGCCUUCCCCCUGCCGUCAUGAAGCUGCUCCCGGCCUCGCUGACAGGCGGCACCUCGGACAAGGCGUCGUACAUACUCGAAACGAGCGUCGUCGACAUGCGCGAGGGCUGGAUGGCGACCGAGAGCCGCAACCUCAACUUUGUCGGCGUCCUCUCCGUGGUGGAGCGGCAGAUGUACACCAUGCCGAAACAGCAGCAAAAUGCUUCCUCCCCGUCGGAUACAACGGACGUCGAGACCAAGGUGGUUUUCCGGUCCCGGCUGGGCGAACGGAUCCGGGACCGGCUCGGCCAGGCGCAGGCGCAGGCGGAGGCGGCUGUGAGUGACGCCGCGAAUAAUGGCGGCGGCGGCGGGUUCUUCGCUAGACUCGGGGCCCGCGGCAUCCAGCGCAGCAUCGAGACGCUUGCGUCCACCAAGACGCAGGACCAACUGGGCAAGAGCCGUGAGGGCAUGCGCAUCAUCCUCGAGAGGCUGCGGCAGACAGGCAUCAUGGGGGUGCUGGAGCUGCGAAAGAUGGCCAGGGAGCGGAGUUCCGAGGCCGCUGCUUGA